CAUGAUGCUUGCGCAACCCAUUGUGCUCUUUGGCAAAUUGUAACCUCUUCAGCACGUCUUUUUUUCAACAGUGGGACUUUGCAGGGACUUCUUGCAGAUAGCUUGGCUUCACAUAGGCGUCUUCUAAUUGUAACAGUACUCACAGGUAACUUUAGACCUUCUUUGAUCUUCCUGGAUGCUGAUUGUUGGUCUGAGUCCCUUUGCCAUUUUUGGCUAUUCUUCUAUCCAUUUGAAUGGUAGUUUUUUUACGCUUGCUUCCACGUCUUUCAGGUUUUGGUUUGCUAUUUAAAAGCAUUUGCGAUCAUUUUAGCUAAGCAGCCUAUCAU